AUGUCUUCGUUCCCUCUACCUCUACGCCCCGUUGCUCCACCACAGCAGCAACAAGAAAAAGACCACCAGGCACAGCAGGAAGGAGAGCCGCCGCCACCACCAGCAGAUGCCGAGCCUAACCAGUUGCCGCCCAUCGGCGAGGAGGGCCCGCCUCCUCCCUUCUCUCCUCCCCCUGCCGCAGUCGAGAGUAUUGCAGCAAGUGUCGCGAAAUGGGUUGACACCACUUCGAGCUUACAGUUGAAGGAAAACCACCAAUUCUGGGUGAACGACUCAAAUAUAGCAGAGAACCUGUUUACUAUCCACCGCAGCACGAAGCACCUGCUAGAUUUCACCAGCUCCAUAAUAGGCAACCAUGAGUCCUUUAUGGGUCAACGCCCAAUCCCAAUGAUGAGCGACGGUGAUAUCCUCUUCAUGACCCAGCUGUCAAGCGACAUCUCCCGCGCCGUGGGCAGCAUCUCCGCAAUCAGGCACCACGGUCUGCGGGCCGCAAAGAAGCGCAAGACCCGGCCUGACGGCGCCCACCGCGAGGACGCCAUCAAACGCUUGUACUCCAGCUCUAGAUCCCAACACCACCACCGCCGUCAUCACCACGAUCACCGCCACUCUCAAACUAACAAGGCAGCAAGCGGGCUCAGCAGCAGCGGGGCUGAUCUUGAGGUCGUAGAGGGCGAUGACCAGGCAGUCAUGUCUUGCUGGAAAUGCGGACGGACUGACACCCCUGAGUGGCGCAAGGGUUCAGACGGCGAAAUACUCUGUAACCCCUGCGGCCUGGUCUACGCGAAGCAGAGACGAAAAGCCAAGGGUAAAGCUACACACCACUCGCACUCGGGGCCUUCAUGA